AGUUAGAGGCGACCAAGGAGUGGAGAAUGUUGGCAUCGCCAGAUUUAUGUUUACUGUGCGAGGGACUGACAGAGGAAGCUUUAUAACUGGUAAAAGUGUGCACAAUCAAAGAAUUGAACGUUUAUGGCGAGACAUUAGGAUGUGUGUAACUUCAAGUUAUUAUGACACUCUUCACAACUUGGAGGCAGACAACCUUCUUGAUGCAUCAUCUCAAGACAUUUUUUGUGUACACCAAACAUUCCUUCCACGGCUAAACAUGGACCUCCAAGCAUUUGUGGAAGGUUGGAACAACCACCCUCUCAGUACAGAGAUGAACAGAACCCCUGAGCAGAUGUGGUGCUUAGGAAUGAUGUCAGAUCCAGUGGAGCAGCCAGAAAGUCUUCAGGAUUUCCAAGAGCCAGACAUCGACUGGGAUGUUGCAGCCGAGUACAGACCAGAUGUGGAAGGUGUGAUCGUGGUCCCGGAGUUUGAAAGCCCCCUCAGUGAAGAGCAACAGACAGAACUGCGGUUGUUGUUGGCUCAAAAUUGGGAGCAUGCAAACACAAAAGAACUAUAUAUCCUGUGCAGAGAAUACGUUAAUCUUGCUUUGUCUGAGUAAUGGGUUUUUAGAUUUAUUAUUGAAAUUUCACUUUCAUCCCCUGAAGGAAGAGGCUUUUCCUCAAAAAGUCUUUGCCUCCCUCAUCCUGUUAAAAUCCAAUGCUCUGUUUUUAGUCCUUUCACCCAUCAUUGAGCGCUUGCUUAAACAGGUCUCAUUCAUUAAAAAUGUUUUUAUUUCAGCAAAUUGCUACCCUUUUUAUCUUUUACGCAAAAUGACUGAUCAUUGUGUUUAAAAAAAAUAAAUUGUUUUUUCACCCAGAAAUGUUGAAUUUUCUUUAAUCGGACCCAAAAGUAAACAAGAAAAAAUCAUUUGAUUUUAUAAGUUGUUCAGAGAAGUCACAAAUAUUGUAUCUGGUUCUAAUUGACCAUACAGUCUUAUUUGUUUGACGAUAAAGUUGAUUACAAAAAUAUGGGUAUUUGGGGAGAUGUAAGUCGUGGUGAUCGUCGCUUAGACUGCUGCCUCCUUGACCCGGUUGAGUGGAAGAAGUCACCGGAAUGGAAAACUACUUUUUGUACUUUCUUUUGAAAUUUUAGGAAACACUGCUUGCCACCAAUACAGUAAAGCAAAACUGUGAAA